CGUUAAAUACAGAAAAGUGCCUUUAAAAACAUUCACAAAGGUUCCGUGUCAAUCCUAAAUGUAACCACAGAAAACAGUAAUUGUUAACAAACAUGAAGGUGGUUUAGGAGACUGUUCGGAUCCCUAUAGCUUAUUAGAGAGAAAAUACAGAGUUAUGCCAACUUUGCUGAAGCACCACCUAGGUUUAAUCACUGCAGUCGAAUUAAGUGAUUGAAGUCCUAGCGUGUCGUUGAAAUGAGAAGAAAAUAAUUGUUUAUCAUAGUAAAGAAAGAGAUGGUUCUCAAACCCACAGACACAUGUUUGAGUAGUACUCCAUCCCCUUGAACUCGGCAGUGCUAAUAGCUUCCGUAAAAUUCAAUGGGCCUAUACAGAUGAGGCCUCAGAGGGAGAUAAGAGUUAUUUUUUUACCAUCUGCAGAAAAAGUCUGAAAGUGUCAGACUGUAGUGAACUGGUAAGUUGUUUAAGUGGAGCCCUUUCUGGGUUAAGCUUAAACUCUAAAAAGAACAGUCUCUGUGAAAAGGUAAAAGAUAACAUUUUGAUGCACUUUUUUCUCAGAAUUUCUUCUGUUUCUUGUUAAAAUGUGAGAGGGAAAAUUGUAUGCUUAUGGAUUCUACUUGUACUUUUAAAUUUAUAACCUAGCUCUGACAAUGCUGACACGAGCGGAAAUUCAUUACGCUUUCCAGGUUUGCUGUUUAAUUGAAUUCUGCUCUCAGACGGAUCUAUCUGGCGAGCGUAGACACCAAAUUAACCCAGAUGGUACAGUUCAGAAGUCUUACAGGUUUUUAUAACUGGUUAUUUUAGCAUUUAUUUGAUACACCUGUGCAAAAAAAAAGGACUAUUUCAGUAUUUGCAGGAACAAUUGUAGCAUUACUUUGCAGCGAAGCAGAGGAAGCUGUAAAAUGAGACAGAGGAGGGAGGGAGAGAGGGGUGGCGAGCUGUCAGGUUGAGGCAGGGUGAGCGUUUCUGCUCAGAACCCCCCCCGCAGCAAGGGACGGGUGUAAGGCACGCGCUCUCCUUUCGCUGCCGGAAACACGGACCGGCUCGCUGAUUGGGGUUCAGCAGCAUUUGGGUGUUAGCAAAUUGAAGGAUUGGGAGAAACCACCACCAACAAGGAAAAGAUAAGCCUAAAAAGCAGAUUUUUGGUCUAAGUCUGACCUUAGGUCAGGAGAAGAAAACUUGUACGGAACCGUCUGUUACGCAUCAAGUGAGACGCGCCUGAGCCGGUGGUCCGGGAAGUUUCAAGACUCGGGGUUUCAGUUCCGUGAAUAGCACAAUCUGGAUGUGCGGGAGAGGCUGGAGACGCCUCGUUCUGAAGUUCCCUGCGGGCGCGGGUGUGGAUCCGGCGGUCAUACCGGGACCGAGCGUCUGGUUCCCGGGGGCAACCCCCGUGACCCGUCGCGCUUUCAAGCAGGACGGCGUCCCUGGGCCAGAGGCGUGCUGUAGCGAGGCGGUUCCCCGCAGCUCUUGGGGCCGUCUGAGGCGCUGGCCCGCGGGGCCGGCCGUGCCGGACCCCUGCCGCUGCGCGCUGCCCCGAGGGCUUUCCACGCGAGCCCGCGGCCGACCGGCUCCGGCGCGGCCCGCGGUCGCCCGGGCGACCGGGGGCGGGGUGCGAGCGACCCGAGCGGAAGCGGUCGCCGUCGCCGUCCGGGUCAGAAUGGCGGCGGGGCGGGCGAAGGGGAGAGGAUGCCGCUGGUGGUGCUGUGCGGGCGGCCGGGCAGCGGCAAGAGCCGGCGGGCCGCGGAGCUGUGGGCGGCGCUGGGCGGGCCGGAGCGGCGGGCGCACGUCGUGGCCGAGGCGGAGGGCGGCCGGGCGGCGCUGCGGGCCGAGGUGGAGCGGCGGCUGAGCCGGCGGGACGUGGUGAUCGUGGACGCGGGCAACGAGCUGCGGAGCAUCCGCUACGAGCUGUACUGCGCGGCGCGGCAGGCGGGCACGGCGCGCUGCCUCCUGCACUGCGCGGGCGGCCCGGGCGGCCCCGACGAGCCGUCCUUCGAGGCCCCCGACCCGCGCAACCGCUGGGACCGGCCGCUCUUCACGGUGCGCGGGGAGGAGCCGCUGCCGCUGGCCGCCAUCCGCGCCGCCCUCUUCGAGAGCGCCCCGCCGCCGCCGCACCGCGCCACCCGCAGCCAGCCCCUGCAGUCCAGCGGCUUCCUCCACCACCUCGACCGCGUCACCCAGGAGGUGCUGGCCGCCGUCAUGGCCGCCCAGAGGAGCGGGGCGCAGCCCGGGGAGGUGGUGCGCGUCCCCGGCGUCGCCGAAGGGCUGGUGCUGAACCGGCCCGUGAGCAUGGCCGAGCUGAGCCGCCUGCGGAGGCAGUUCAUCAGCUACACCAAGAUGCAGCCCAGCGACGAAAACUUGCCCCAGCUGGCCGGCAUGUUCCUGCAGUACCUGAGCCGCAGCAUCCAGUGAACCCUCUCACCCGUGCCACACGCAGCCCGGGCCGUGCUCCGGUCCCGGAGUGCUUGCAACAGUAAGAGCGUGCCUUCCAGCCACGGACCCCGCAGAGCUGGGGUCCCACCUAUCGCGCGUCGGAUCGUGUGGCGGCAGCAGCUCUGGGAGGAUGGAUGUCGUGUCCCUGCAGCAGCCGAGCAAGCUCUGUUGCUAAGAGGGUCCAUAGGGAUGCUGUUCCCUCACCCCUGCGUUUUCCCCGCUUGCAUCUUUCGGAAAGGAGAGCUACUGUUGCGUCCCCGAGCGAGUGAGGUCUCCUAUGGAGACAUAAACCCCGGUACUCAAAUAGCAUCUGAACACGAAAGCCCAGAAGGUGGUGACCGUAGGGAAAACCUGUCCCCUCCACAUUGGUAUGUGUAUGUCUUGAAUAAGAAGAUUGUUUUUCCAAGGCUGUCUCCAGAUAAUGUCAAGCUGCAAAAGAGACUUCAGGUCCAGAACUGGAACCAGCUGUGUUUUUAGGAUGCGACUGCUUCAGAAAAUCCUACUGAACCCCAGAGACAGAUUUGCAAACUGCACUACAGAAGGGUGCUGGCUUAGCAAACUCAAACCUCUCUGUUUCAGGUUUAACAAUGAAUUGUGUGCCUUAAAUGGAGUAAAGUCUUAACCGACCUGCAGGACUAUUCUGUUAAAAUAACUUGCUAUGUCUUUUCUCUGCAAGGUCAUCAUUAAGCAGCUUGGAAAACACUUAAUUGUUUAAGAAUGAGUGUUCUCAUAGGAAGAAUGCGCUAAAAUGACAGUGUCUGUUCUGGGUGAAACUCUCCCGUAGGCCUGUACCAGGUGUGAUGGGUAACUUGGUUUUGCGCUUAGUUUCAACUAAUUUCAGUCUUUGCUAUACCACAUAUUCUAUAAACUUUUCACUACCUGGUGGAUACUUCAUCCCUCAUUUUAAUAAAUUGUGGCUUUUGGUUCUAAUUGUAUGUGUAGUGCUACUUGGGAGGAAAUGGUAAAGCGGGGCAAGAAGGGUCACUUCAAUUACAUUGGCUGUUUAUCUGAUGUACUGGCUGCUAGGUAGACUUAGGCACUGCAGAACUGAGAAAUGACUACAAAAAUGUUUUGAUGUAAAUAAGUUUAUUUUCCCAGUCAAAGUAAAGAGAAUAAAGCUGAGAAAAUACA